AUGGAGUUUGACAGUGAAAAAGAGCUUAUUGCCUACUAUAAGCUCUAUGCCAAGCAAGAGGGUUUUGGCGUAAGGACACAGAGGACUAAAAGAGACGAUGAUGGGAGGCCUGUGUAUCUGACUAUUGGUUGUGCCCGUGGCGGAAAGUACUAUCCGAAGCCAAACACUAAUAUCUCGAAGCCACGAGCAACAACUAAAACGGGUUGUAAGGUGAAUGUAAAUGCAACGUUGAACUGUCAUGAGAAAUGGGUUUUGACAACUGUAGAAAAUUCUCACAACCAUAUUACUUUGAGCCCCAAGAAAAGUAGACUAUUGCGGUCGCACAAGCAUCUAGAUGAAUAUAGUCAAAGGAUCCUCGAGCUGAAUGAUAGAGCUGGUAUACGAAUGCACAAGAACUUUUAUUCUCUUGUUGUUGACGUGGGGGGUUAUGAGAAUUUGGCUUUUCAAGAAAAAGAUUGUAGGAAUUAUAUUGACAAAGCUAGAUAUUUAAGGUUGGGUAAAGGAGGUAGCGAUGCACUUAAUGAGUAUUUCAAAAGAAUGAGAGAUCAGAACGAUGGCUUUGUUUUUUACAUGGACGUGGAUGAUGAUGGAAGGCUACGGAAUGUGUUUUGGGCUGAUGCACGUAGUCGAGCCGCCUAUGAGUAUUUUGGAGACGUUGUAUCGUUCGAUACAACGUACCUAACAAAUAGGUACGGUAUGCCUUUUGCUCCAUUCGUUGGUGUUAACCAUCAUGGUCAGUCCAUACUAUUCGGGGCGGGAUUGCUAUCAAGCGAGGACACACAUAGUUUUGUUUGGUUGUUCCAAAUGUGGUUGGAUUGCAUGAAGGGUAGGGCGCCCAAAGCUAUCAUAACCGACCAAGAUCGAGCGAUGAAGAAUGCGAUUGCAACUGUAUUCCCUGAAACUCACCAUAGAUAUUGUUUAUGGCAUAUAAUGCGCAAACUUCCAGAGAAGUUAGGAUCGCACGCCAAAUUCAACAAUUUUUUGAAAACUGACUUGCAGUCUGCAUUAUAUAAUUCACAUACCACCACAAAAUUUGAGGAGAGCUGGGGUCAACUACUUGCAAAGUAUGAUCUGUUCGGCAACAAUUGGCUUCAGUCCUUAGGAGAGGUCCUUUUGGGUUCCAGUCUUCCUCAAGAGUGUAUUUUGGGCUGGAAUGAGUACAACGCAAAGGUCCAAAAGUAUGAAUGCAUUUUUUUACGGGUAUGUCCAUGCUGGGACGACGUUGAAGGAAUUUGUCGACCAAUUCGAUAA